AUGGCCAAAGAAGGAUCAAAGAUAGGAAUGCUUAAACUUCCAGAUUUCCACGAAUAUGUAAAGGAUCUCGAUUAUGCAGAUAGUUGGUGUUUGGUUUGGUCGCAAAGCCUUAUUGACAUUCAGGAGUUUUCCUUUGGCGGAGAAGAUCUUUUUAUUCGCCUUGCGCACCCAGAACAAGUUGGCGGACAAGCAUCUAAGACGAUAAUCAUCAGCGUUUCAUCUGUAUCUUCUAUUGCAACAUUAAGUCUCGUAAUCUUCAUCGAUUGGCAUAGGUGGAGAACUAGCCAAAAGAGAAAAUCCAAGACCGUGAUGGACUUUGAUUUUAUUCAAACAAGAUCAUAUCAAUCUAGGUCUCCGAAUAAAUUUUCAGAACAACAUGAUCCAUCCGAACUUUUAACAUUUGCGUUGGACAACAUUUUAGUUGCUACAAAUUAAUUCAGCGACAACAAACUUGGGCAAGGAGGAUUUGGUCCUGCCCACAAGGUUAUUGAAUUUAGUUUUUUUUUUUUUUUUUUGGUGAGUUGUAGAAAGCUAGUUUGUUAGUGUUGACGGUGAAAUCUUGUCAACGGA